AUGGCCGACUCCACAUACAUCCUGUACAACUACAACCCUUCGGGGGUUGCAGCGAUCAUCUUCAUUGCUCUGUUUGGAUUAACAACAUUGGCGCACAUUUUCCAAAUGAUCCGGUCCCGAACUUGGUUUUUCAUUCCUUUCGUUAUCGGUGGAAUCUUUGAAAUCGGUGGUUAUGCCGGUCGCUAUGUCAACUCCCAACAAAGCCCUGACUGGACGACUAUGCCAUACGCCAUACAAUCACUCUUACUCCUGAUCGCGCCCGCCUUCUUCGCCGCCUCCAUCUACAUGAUCCUAGGCCGCUGCAUGAUCGCCACUGGUCACGAUUCGCUCUCUGUCAUCCCUGUCAAGUGGCUGACCAAGAUUUUUGUCGGCGGCGACGUGAUUUCAUUCCUUACACAAUGCGCUGGAGGUGGUGUCCUUUCCUCUGCAAAGAGCAAUUCCAACGUCAGUCUUGGUGAAAACAUUAUCAUCGUCGGUCUUUUUAUCCAGAUUGCCUUCUUUGGAUUCUUCAUUGUGACUGCUGGCAUCUUUCACUACCGCCUUCGGACCUGCUGCGAUUAUGGUGCCAAGGCUGCGAUCCCGAUCGGUUGGAAGAAGUGUCUCUACGUUCUCUACACUGCCAGUGUCCUUAUUUUGAUUCGGUCUAUCUUCCGUGCUAUUGAGUACAUCACCGGUAGUACUGGCCCGCUUAUGUCGACUGAGGUGUAUCUCUAUGUAUUUGAUGCUGCUCUGAUGUUUUUGACUAUGAUGACGUUCAACAUCUUCACUCCCAAGUCGCUGGUGACUCCCCGGCCUGCUCUGCCAGACAUUGAGACUGCUACCAAUUCGGAGAUGGCUGGCGGCUCUGCAGGCACCAAUGAAAAAUGA